AUGGAGUCUGAUUCUGCUCUACAAGGCGAUUUGCCAGAUGGCGCGGAAAUGUCUCCCCUAGCAGAAAAUCCACCUGAAAAUGCAGAAACUUCUGAAAGUAACCUACCGGUUCACGAUUCUCAAGAGAAUCCAACCGAAGAAACAGGGCAAAUAUUGUUACAUCUAGCUACAAACGGAGCACCAACAAGCAGCAGCGAUGUUAUGGAUGAGAAUUCUGAAAUUCAAACAGCUGAUAGUGAAGAACAUCCCCCUCAUGUGCAAGGGAAUGCAGAAGCUGAAGAUGAAAUGGAUAUUGAUGAUAGCACACCAGGCAAUAUUGCUGAUGAGUCUACAUAUAUUGGAGACAAUUGCUUGUCCACACCAGCAGUCACUGAAGAUAAUUCACCACAAGAAGACAGUCAAUCAGAUCCAAUGCUAAAAGAACCUGUUUUGGAUGAAAAUGAAGGUGCUGAUGCCGCUCAAGAGGAGUCUCCAGACCAAUCAAUUAGCUCUGCUAUGCCUAUAGAGGGAGAUGGAGCGCCUAUCAUUCAGGAUGAACAUUCCUUCGCCGGAUUAACUAACGCCUUACUUUUCCAAAAAGAGGAAUUACAAAGAGCAUUACAAGCAAUAGUGGAUUUUGCCAGUGAUUCUCAACAAACAGACUCCAAAUACAUUAUUUGA